GGGGAGGGGCCACAGCCGCCUCCCGGACCGCCCAGCCCAGGCGCGGUGCGGCUCCGUGCGGUAAGCUGCAGAGCCCUGUUAACUAAAAAUGUAAUUUCAGAUUGGACAAUAUAACUAAGUAAAUGAAUUGUGUGGGACGCGUGUACCUGGGUUCCCAGCCAAAGCCAGAGAUCAAAGCAGAGAGAGGAUAUUGAGCUUCCUCCCAGAUCCCCGAGACGCUGUCCCGACAGUCCUGGAGGAGUGGCUCUUUAAGAAAUAGGACUGCAGGGGCUAAAAACCAGUCCAGUCCGUGCUGGGGACUUGGCCGGGAGGCUGUAUUUCUGCCCUUCGGAGCCUUCAGUCGACUGAGAAGUUAGGUGGAAGGAUGGCAGAGCCCGGUGGAGAUCAGGAACCAGGGAGCUACUAUGUGGGUGUGGACGUGGGGACAGGCAGUGUCCGGGCGGCUCUGGUGGACCAGAGGGGCACCCUCGUGGCUUUUGCAGAUCAGCCAAUCAACCAGUGGGAGCCUCAAUUCAACCACCACGAGCAGUCCUCCGAGGACAUCUGGGCUGCGUGCUGUGUCGUCACAAAGAAAGUUGUACAAGGGAUCAAUUUAAACCGAAUUCGAGGGCUUGGGUUUGAUGCCACGUGUUCUCUGGUUGUUUUGGAUAAGGAGUUUCGCCCUUUACCAGUAAACCAUGAAGGGGAUCCCCAUCGAAACAUCAUCAUGUGGCUGGACCACCGGGCAGUCAGUCAGGUCCGCAGGAUCAAUGAAACCAAGCACAGUGUCCUUCAGUACGUCGGGGGCGUGAUGUCCGUGGAAAUGCAGGCGCCGAAGCUUCUGUGGCUCAAAGAGAACUUGAGAGAGACUUGCUGGGAUAAGGCGGGACAUUUCUUUGAUCUCCCAGACUUCUUAUCGUGGAAGGCAACAGGUGUCCCAGCACGGUCUCUCUGCUCCCUGGUGUGUAAAUGGACAUACUCAGCAGAGAAAGGCUGGGAUGACAGUUUCUGGAAGGUGAUUGGUUUGGAAGACUUGAUUGCAAAUAAUUACAACAAAAUAGGAAACAAAGUGCUGCCUCCUGGAGCUUCUCUUGGAAGUGGGCUCACACCAGAGGCUGCAAAGGACCUUGGCCUUCCUGCUGGAAUUGCCGUGGCUGCCUCACUUAUUGAUGCCCAUGCAGGAGGACUAGGAGUGAUUGGAGCAGAUGUGAGGGGGCACGGCCUCGCUUGUGAGGGACAGCCAGUGACGUCACGGCUGGCUGUCAUCUGUGGAACAUCUUCUUGUCACAUGGGGAUCAGCAAGAACCCAAUAUUUGUACCAGGUGUCUGGGGCCCUUAUUUCUCCGCCAUGGUCCCUGGGUUCUGGCUGAAUGAAGGUGGUCAGAGCGUUACUGGAAAACUGAUAGACCACAUGGUGCAGGGUCAUGCCGUCUUCCCUGAACUACAAGCCAAGGCCACAGCCAGAUGCCAGAGUGUAUAUGCAUAUUUGAACAGUCACCUGGAUCUGAUUAAGAAGACUCAGCCUGUGGGUUUCCUCACUGUGGAUUUACAUGUUUGGCCAGAUUUCCAUGGUAACCGGUCUCCCUUAGCAGAUCUGACACUAAAGGGCAUGGUCACCGGAUUGAAACUGUCUCAGGACCUGGAUGAUCUUGCCAUUCUCUACCUGGCCACAGUUCAAGCCAUUGCUUUCGGGACGCGCCUCAUUAUAGAGGCCAUGGAGACAGCAGGGCACUCCAUCAGCACCCUUUUCCUGUGUGGGGGCCUCAGCAAGAACCCCCUUUUUGUGCAAAUGCACGCAGACAUUACUGGCAUGCCUGUGGUCCUGUCGCAAGAGGUGGAGUCUGUUCUUGUGGGCGCUGCUAUUCUGGGGGCCUGUGCUUCGGGGGAUUUUGCUUCUGUACAGGAUUGCCACCUCUGGAAACCGUUGACUCCAGCGCUCCCACCAUCACUUUCCCUGUCACGUUCCAGACAGACUCCUGUGUCUCGCAGACCAAUCCAUGAGGCAAUGGCAAGAAUGAGCAAAGUUGGGAAAGUUGUGUUUCCUAGAUGUGAGGAUAAAAGAUAUUAUGACAAGAAAUAUCAAGUAUUUUUGAAACUGGUUGAGCACCAGAAAGAGUAUGCAGCCAUCAUGAAAGGGGACUGAACAGAGCUUGCAGGUGCUGAUGCCAGGUUUUAGGUCAUUGCAUUGGGGACCUCUGUUUAUUUCAUCUUAUAUUCAAGACCCUUAGGUAUCAUUUCAUCAUUUCUGUAUUGUCUGUUAAUAAAGAUAACUGAGAUAUGUGCAACCAGAA